AUGAAAAAAGUAUCCCCAGAAAAUGAAUAAAAUAAUUAUGUAAAAUAAAUAAUUAUAAUUAAGUAUUGCUAAAAAAAACUGAAAGAAUCCUAAAAUUUUUUGGAAGUUCAAUAUUUCUAACUUUGGUCUUCUAUUUUUUAUUAGUAUUUUAACAAAAUCAGAACUUAGUAAUAAAGUUGUCAAUUUCUCUAAUAGCUGUAAUAAUUAGAUAUAAUAAUAUAAAAGUAUUUAUUUGAUCAAUUAACUUAGCUUGUUAAUUUUUAUAAUUAAUGAUAAACUACUUAUGUAAUAAUUUAUCUGAAAUUAGAAUAAAGUGAUUAUUUUUCAUUCCCUUUUACAGAGAGAAGAGUAAGCCAUCUGGUUUUAAUAUAAGGUAAUUAGGAAUAAAAAAAAAAGAUAAUAAUUAAGAAUGAUUUUAGAAAAACAAUGAAAAAGAAUUCACUAUCAUAUUGUUUUAAAUUGCUGAAAGAGCGUGAAUAAGAUGAAAUAAUACCCAUUUCUCCAGAUAAGCAAUUAUAAACAAAGAAAUUUGUUAAUCUAAAACCUUUAAAAAAAGCAAUAGAAAAAAUAACAAUAAUGAGAUAAGAACAAUAGAGUAGAAGAAAAUCAGCAUAUGGAGAGCAUUUUGGGGAAUUAACAUCAAAAUAAUUUCAGAAUCUCCCAACGUAAAUAGAAUAGCAUAAAUAAAUUGAUGGAUAAAGAUUUGCAUUAACAAGUUUUGCUGACAUUUUAGAGAGAAAAAAAAGAAAAAGAACAACAAAAAAGCAAAGUGUUUUAAGACAACUAUCAAAAUAAGAAUCCUUAGUUGGUAUGAUUUUAAUAAUAAUUUUAAUAGAGUAUGAUAACUUAGAAAGACCACCAUCUUGUAAAACUCCCCCAAAACAAAUUAUUUUGAAACAAUUAUAGAAAUCUUAAUUAGAAUUAAUAAAGGAAAAACAAUUUAAAUUAUUAGAUAAAAAGAUGAUAAACUUCUUGUCUGGAAAACCUGCAGAAGUUAAAGAAUUUGUACAAAGGAAAAAAGCUUAUACAAUAAAUUAUUAAGUAACAACACCGUUAUCUUCUUAAAUAACAGGUAAUCAUAGAAAUUCAACAUUCCCUUGUUUACCUUUGAAUAAAAUAAAUAGUUCUUAGACUAAUUAAAAUGAAUUAAAAUAUGUGCCUUAAUUAAGUAAUAGAUAGAUUUAGAAUAGAGAUAGACCUUAUAUUAGAUAUAAUAAAACCUUGAUAAAAUUAAUAAAUUCAGAGUAUAAAAGCAAUAUAUAAACAAUCUAAAAGUCAAGUUGCAACUUAUGA